AAUCAGUAACUUGGGGAGCAAGUCAAGCACCAGCUCUGCAGCUUGCUUCCUUGGCGUGUCUGCAGUGGGGAAGAAACAGGCUGCACUGGCUGGGACCUGUGAUCUGCAAACUGAGUCACGUGUGAGCUCCAGACCUUCCCCACUUCAUAAGUGACACCUUUAAACCCACAGUCAGGAGCAGGAUUAGAGUCUGGUCUGCCUGUGAGAGCUGUGUUCUAGAUACUGCGGCUGAACACUACAAGCUGUCUCUGUAUUUGGAGAGAUGAAGCCAAGACUGCCCUAUGUUCUCCUGGUUGGGGCUGCAGUGAUAACUUUCAUUCUCUCCUGCAUCUUGCUGAGCAGAGGGAGGCGAUCAGCAAGCUGUGAGUACCAGUCUCGCAAUAUGGAGAAGACUGGGUCCAGGAGCCAGAGCCUGGUUUUUGCUAAUCUGACCCCAGAAGAAAUGGUCCAGGUGGUCCGGUACCUGCAGGAAAAACUCGGGGUGAAGCUGGUGGAUGCCUCGCGUGCUUUGCCCUCUGACAACUGCAUCUCCUACAUUGAUGUGCAGGUUCCUGCCAAGGUGGAGGUGCUGCGGUUCCUGGAUGAUGGGGGGCCUCGCCCUGCACGGGAGGCGCUGGCUGUCCUGUACUUUGGUAACCAGCCGGAGCCCAACGUCACGGAGUAUGUGGUGGGUCCACUGCCGAUGCCGACGUACCACCGGGAUGUCACGGUGCAGAAGUAUGGGGGGAAGGUGCCGUACCACUACAGACUGGUGCUAGGCAGGGACUAUGAGCAAGUGGGAAUGUUCUUAAAGGUAGUGGCAUUUGCUGCAGCCAACCUAUUAAAAGAAGUGUUUAAGUACAAUGGCACCAACAUGAUAUUUCAAAACAGCCCCCCACGUGGUUUCCAGUCUGGAGAUCGGACCACCUGGUUCGUUUUGUUUCAGAAUGUGAGUGGGUUCUUCCUGCACCCUGUGGGGCUGGAGGUGCUGGUAGACCACAGCAACCUGGACAUCUCCCAGUGGGCGGUGAGCGGUGUCUUCUAUAAUGGGCAGUACUACAGGGACAUGGUGCAGCUGGAGAGUGCCUAUGUGCAGGGCCGCAUUAACGUGGAGAAAGUGAAGAAAGCCCCAUGGGAUGGGGACUUCUCAUCCAUGAAGCCGCGAGCACCUCCUGCAGCAAUGUUUCCUGUGCAGUAUGAGCCCCAGGGUCCCCGCUACAGCAUCAAGAACAACCACAUCAUCUUCCAGGCCUGGAGCUUUGCCUUUGGGAUGAGCGUGAACACAGGCAUGCGCCUGUUUGACAUCAGGUAUCAGGGAGAGAGGAUUGCCUAUGAGAUCAGUGUUCAAGAGGCCUUGUCAGUGUAUGGCUCCAACUGUCCUGGAGGGAUGUCAACGAGGUACAUGGAUGGGAGCUUUGGCAUUGGGCGCUUCAGCUCUCCCUUAGUGCGAGGUGUCGACUGCCCAUAUUCAGCAACUUACGUGGACGUGCACUACCUUGCUCAGUCUCAAGUCUCCAGAAUUGCUAAAAAUGCCAUCUGCAUUUUUGAGCAGAACCUGGGCUCUCCUCUGAGGCGCCACUACUCCAACUUGCAGUCCUUUUACUAUGGGGGACUAGUCAACUCUGCUGUGAUUGUUCGUUCCAUUGCAACUUUGGGCAACUACGACUAUGUGUGGGACUUCAUCUUCUACCAGAAUGGGGCCAUUGAAGUCAAAGUCCAGGCCACGGGGUACAUGAGCUCAUCCUUCCUCCAUGGGGAUGGUCUGAGAUACGGCAAUAGGGUUUGGGAGCACACGCUGGGCACGAUACAUACCCAUUCCAUCAACUAUAAAGUGGACUUGGAUGUGGGAGGGGUGAGAAACUCCCUGGUGGCCCAUGACAUGGUGUUUGAGAUGGCACGGGCCCCCUGGAGCCCAGAGCAGCAGAUAGAGCAGCCACGACUCACAAAGAAAGUCCUGGAUGUAGAGGACCAGGCUGCGUUCCGGCACCAGUCAAAGAUGCCCAGAUACAUCUACUUUGCAGCCAACAGCAAAAACAAGUGGGGUCAUCAGCGUGGUUACAGGAUCCAGAUCAUCAAUUUUGCAGGGGAUCACGUGCCCGAAACCAGCUCGAUGGAGAGGGCCAUCAGCUGGGCAAGGUACAAGUUGGCUGUCACCAGGCGAAAGGAAGAGGAGCCCACCAGCACCAGUAUCUACAACCAGAAUGACCCAUGGACGCCCACUGUUGCUUUUGCUAACUUCAUCAACAACGAAACCAUCACUAAUGAGGACCUGGUUGCCUGGAUAACCACUGGUUUCCUUCACAUCCCACACUCUGAGGAUAUUCCCAACACAGUGACUGUGGGAAACUCUGUUGGCUUUCUCCUGAGACCUUACAACUACUACAACCUAGAUCCUUCCAUAUACUCACAUGAUGGUGUGUUUUUCACCAGUGAGCAGGACUUUACUGCCUGUGAAAUCAACUCUGUUGCGUGCCUGCCCAAAAGGGCCUCCUGUUUGCCAAACUUCCCCCUGUUCACCUAUGAUGGCUUCAAAAAUAUGAGCAGGCUUUAAUGUUACAGGUUUUAGUGUUAGGAGACAGUCAAAGGCACUAGGCUGACUGUUCUGUCUCUUAUUUUCAUUUUUUGCAAUGAAGUUGUCUUAAUUUCCAGUUGUACAAUAACUCUGCUUGUUAUCAUUGCUUUUAAGUAGUGCUCUGUAGAAGGGAGGCAUAACCUUGUUGGCAUACUGCCAGAUAGGAGUAUGCAUUGCCCUCUCUAGUUGCCAAAUUUGAAUCUGUUGCAGGAGGAAAGUGGGGGGAAAAUGUCAUCCCUUUGCUACAGCAGCAAAUUUUGUGUAGUGCCUGUCUUGUGUUUAAAGAAAUGAAGUCUGAUUCCAGUCUGG